AGUAAAACGAGUUAACCUUUGAAGUGAUACACCGUCAAGUAAAAUAAGAUUUUAGUUCAUUAAUAAAAACUUCGAAAAAAUAUCACCUUUGCACACAGCUCAAUUAUUUAUAAUUCUAAAAGUGAAUAAAAAAGUAUCAUAAUUAUUUUCAAAAUGUACGCAUUCAAGCCGUACGUUUUUACUGAACAUGCUUCUAAUGGCGGUGCAGAACCUGAAGGAAGAAUGAAAUCGACAAUACGAUGUGAUGGUAAAAAUUUAUAUGUUUACGAAGCCAUGGAUCCGUAUUUUGUGCCAAAAGGCUUUCAAUUUCGUGAUAUCUGGGUGUAUAAUUUAGCUAGACAACAAUGGCGAUUAACGACAAUUGAAAGUAAUUUACCGGAUGAUGAUGAUGUAAUUGUUAGUAGCAUUUUUGAAUCAAUUUAUUUAGUUAUCUGCACAAUAAGAGUACCGUUCAAUGACGAGCCGGUAAGUCGCAUAUGUCGAUUACAUAUUUGCGAUUUAAAUACCGAAAGUGAAGUUGUCCAGGCAACAAGUGGACAAAUUCCAUAUCAUUUCCUUGCACAUAAUUUAAUUCGUCAUGGAACAUAUAUUUAUAUUGUUGGAAUCACGAGAGAUAAUGAAAUCGUUUCCGACGUAUAUAAAUUGAACAUCGAAAAUGGUGUAUGGGAAGUCGUUUAUAUUUGCCAAGGACUUGAUGCCAAUGAACCACGUGGCAGAAUAAAUCAUACUUUAGUUUAUGGUAACAAUAUGAUUUAUAUAUUUGGCGGUGCUGGUGGUCAUCUUGGAGUUAAUGUAUUUUCUUUUAUCAAAAUUUCGGCGUUUGAUUUAGAAAACUGCUGCUGGAAAGUAGUGAAGACUCAUGGUGAUGAGAAUUACAUACCGCACUACCCAAAUGAAAGAGAUCAUUUUGGGGUGACGAGUUACACUGACCCAGAUUCGGGUGAAAUAAAUGUAAUAAUUUCUGGAGGAACAGUUGAUUAUAAUGAUGCCUUCAAUGAUGUCUGGAGAUUGAAUCUCACAAGUUUAAAAUGGUCGUGUCUCCAGAGAUUUGGUACUGCCUUACCUCAUCACGUCGUAAAUCAUUCAAUGACCGUUUCUCCUGCUGGAAAAUUAUUCACAGUCGGUGGAUGUAUUUACACUAAUGAUAUGGAACAAGAAUCUUGUUCUUCUACUUUACACUCAAGUUGGAUCAGGAUUCCCAAACUCACAGACAUUUGCUGGGAAGCUGUUUUACAUUACUAUCCAAACUUGAAAUCAAUGACUGACAAAGAAAUCAUUUCCCUCGGAAUUCCAAUGCAGUCAUUCAAGUCGCGUAUUGAUUAAUGAAAUAUUUAUAAAUCAAUUCUUUGUAUUUAUUUUUUUAACUAAAACACCAUAGCUCUUAAAAUUGUAAGGGUUGUUAAUUUAUUUUAAACCAAAUUUAUUACUCUUCAGUUAACCAAUCGCAGAUAAAUUUUUAAUGAGUCAAGUACAGAUUUUUUUUUAAUCAAAAAUUUUUUCUACAAAUAUUGAAGAUAAAUAAACCAAUUGUCGAAAUUUUUAUAAAAUUUAC